AUGUACUCAUUUAUUGUUUUAAAUAAAAGUCAUUCAAGGGAUUCAACGAGGACAAAGCCAGCUUGUACAUCUUAUGGAAAAAUGCUUUCCCAAAUAUCAUAUAUUUUAUCUUUUCUUGUUGAUAUCAGGUGUAAAGUGAAGCAAUACUGUUUUGACAAAUGUAGUCACUCACCUCAGUUCCUUGACCAGGUCAUGUCAAAAGUCCACACUCUUAAACAAUCAACGACACGUUUUUAUAAAGAAACACUGGUUAUUAAUGGAAGCGUUAAUUUCGUAACCUUUAUUGUGACGGGCUGUUUAAGCGUUUAUUUCACUCAUGUAGUCAUGGUAACCUCCAUCAAAUCAGGCAUUCUAAACAAGAGGGUCAUUGUUCGUUUUUGUAAAAUUUAUCACUACAAAGCAUCACUUUUUGAGCUGUCAGUCCAUCCAUUUAAUAUCUUUCCUUUCAACCAUUCAUCCAUCCACCUAUCAUCCCUCUAUCUAGCCAUCCAUCCACCAAUUCCGCACCCAUUCUUCCGUUUCAUAUCUAUCCAUUCGUUCAUUUAUUUAUUCUUCCAACCAUUUAUCCCAUAUCCUGCCAUCCAUCAUCCGUCUAUUCAUUCAUCCAUUUAUCCACCCAUCCGUCCAUCCAUUCAUCUUGUAUCCAUCCAUCCACCCGUCCAUCCAUUCCGUAUUCUUCCAUCCAUCCACCCAUCUUGUGUCUUUUCAUUCAUCCAUCCAUUUACCCAUCAGUCCAUCUACCCAUUCAUCCGUCCAUCCAUUCAUCCAUUUUUCAUCCUUCUCUCUAUCCAUCUACCUACCUGUCUAUCUACCACUUAUCUGUUUCCAUCUCUACCUACUUAUCAGUCUGUCUAUCUACCUACUCAAAUACCUGUCUUCAUAUCUGCCAUCUUACCGGCUAAUUCAUCUAUUCACCUAUCCACCAGCCUACCAAUCUAA